UACAAAGAUCUAGAUCCUUUCGAAGGGGGCUUACAAAACUGAGUGCGGCAACUUACUCCCGCACAGUCGAGCGCGAGGUCUAUUACCUUUCAAAUCAAUCGUACCAUUGCCGAAAUGUUAAAGUUUCUCGUAGGGUUAAUGUUGUGUUGGCUCGUGCAAAGCUUCCCGGACGGGGCACCGAUAGACACGUGUGUGAAGAACCGUGCUAAUCAGCCUAAUCAUGGACAACACAGGACGCAACCCUUGUCCAGUCUACCGUACAGGGUCACGGCAUCAGCUUUGGGUUACGGUCCAAAUACUCCGGUCACAGUGACAAUAGAAGGCUCAGAGCCGUUCAAAGGGUUCUUCAUUCAAGCGCGUUCAGUGGAGCACGACAACUGGAUCGGCGCGUGGGAACCGGCGCCCAAUACGACCAUACAUCCAGAAUGUUCUUCCAUCACUCAUGGAGAUCCAGAGUUCAAGACUAGAGCUACUCUUUUGUGGAGAGCGCCCCCUGAUGGCCAUGGAAGGGUCUAUUUUACGGGGACAGUUUUGAAGAACUACGGAACUUUUUGGUCGAACCUCAUUGCCGAGGCACCCCAAGACCCUUCACAACUUCAAAUACUUGGGUGAAGUGUCAGAAAGCGGACCAGCAACAUAUUGUCAAAUGAUUUCUAAAAUUUACUUUUUUAAAUCAAUUGAUAUUGCUUUAAAAAGUGUUGCUUUUAAAAUUUAUUUACGUACGUAUUACGGUAGGCUAAAAAUAAUUGUAAAUAAAACUAAAUAUAAAUAAAUAGAUAAGUAUAUUAGUAUUACAUUGAGUAACAUAAAUGCAUCAUUUCAUAUCAAGAUCAACUAAUACAUUUGUGUGAGAAUCUCGCAGUUAUCACAAUUAGCAAAACGUGUUCAAAUCAUUAUCUGGCAACGUGUUAAAACAUCAUUAAAAUGUCAAAUGUCGUUUCUGAUAAGCUGUAUAAAAAUAUGAAUCUCAUAUUUCUGUAAAGGUACGUUUUCACCAGCAGAGUCAACAAUCCUUAGAACAUCUUUGCAAAAUCUCCAACAGUCUUAUUCGUGAAUUACAUUCUUAUCGACCACAACAGUUAUAAUAGG